AAACAAUUGCGUUUUUUUUGUUGUUGAAAAAUAAACGUAUUGUUUUGGCAACAAGAACAAAUAAUAAUGGCGCUUGGUAACGAUGGCGAAACGCUAUUUGUAAAGGAAAAACUUUUAAACCCAAAUCGUUUAAGUAUUGUUCUUGGCUACUGUGGACAUAAGCCUUUGCUCAAGUUUUCUUUUGGUCAUACAUAUGGUUUUCAUACAAGUCAACUCUCUGAGAAAGAUGAGGGAAAAAAUCAUAGUAAAAUCUCUGUUUAUUCAAAAAAGAAGAACUUUGAAAAUUUACCUGAAGAAAUAAGUUGUUUACAAACUAAGCAAUUUGUUCCAGGAUACACUGGGUAUAUUCCACAGCAUAUGCUAAAAUAUGGGAAAACAUUUAAAAGAACAUCAGAGGAAGCAAUGUAUGAAUUUAGGUGGAGAGAAAUUCUUAAAAAAAAUGCUGAAAAGCAUUUAAUGGAGACAGUUAAAAACUAUGAAAAACUUGAAAUAAAGAAUCUUUAUCCUAAGACCAGACACUCUCGGUAUAAAACUGGUAAUUUUGUUGUGAAAGAUGGGGGUGAUAAAGGCAUUAAGUCGUGUUUUAAAGCGCCGAUUUCGGGAUACCAAGGUUAUGUUCCAAAAUGUGAAAAGCACAUGCUUGGUUGCAGUUAUACUCAAUGGGUUAAAAAUGCAUAUGAAGAUUUAAACAUUGCCAAAAAUUCUUCAAGUUUAUUGCGUAAAAACAAUCAAGGCUCUACGACAUUUAACAAAUCCUCUACUGAUCCAUUACAAUCAAGUGAUGAAAGUUUACUUGGUUCUGUAUUGUUGAAAGAUGCUGGUAUGAUUCCUCAUUAUACUGGGCAUGUUCCUCAGCAACGAUUCACAUUUGGAUCUACUUACAGUGAUUCCACUCGAAAAGUUUUGAUGUCUUAAAGUGUUAAAAUAAGAGACAGAAAUAUUAGCAUAUAAAUACUGCGUGAACAUUUGUUUAUUUAUGAAUAUGUUCACAUAAUGUUACAUUAUAAAUCUAAAAAACUUUAUAACGUUGAGAAUUUAAACGGGUGUUGCAGAAUCUACAUUGUAAGAGUUUAAUAAAUAAAAGGCGAGAAGGGAUAUUUUUUUGUACGCAACAACUUAAGGCAGCAAGACCCCGAACGAAUUUAAAUUAGAGUGAUUAUUUAUUUUUUAUCUAUUUUUGGAUUUUUAAAUAAUUUUGUUAAUAA